UACAUGCGAAGAUAGUUUGCAGGAGACUCCAACACCUGUCUGUCCUGUUAUCUUGUGCUGUGCGUGCGCUACGAACUUAACACUCGAAAAAGUGCGCGGGAACAAUUUGACCGAUUCGAUAUUUUCGCAGCAUGUGAUAUUUUUUUUCGGUAUCGCGUUUGUGAAGCUGAUUUCGGUUCUUUCUAAUUCGGAAACCGAAAAGAACAUGUAGAUUUUCCUCGUAGAGGAGUUUUAGGACGAGUUUUCGUGAUUUUUGAACGUUUUACGCGUUUGUGUUAUUUGUGUUCGUGUUUAUUCGAUUUUUUAACGUUUAUUGACGAGUUUUUCUAUGAUGGCAACUCAUAAACAAUUAGAGGACGAGUGGAGAUUAUGUCUCAGUGAGGAUCUCGACGAUUGGGUGGGAAAUGACCUCCAACUAGCCGCUGAACUAGGGAAAACCCUACUAGAAAGGAAUAAAGAAUUGGAAAAUGCUCUCAAACAUAGCCAGAAUGUCAUCGAUGACCAGACGCAGGAGAUCAUGUAUCUCAGCAAACAGACGACUGCCCUCCGGGAGGUCAACGAGUCUCGGUUGAAGAUCUACGAGCAUCUGGAGGUCAGUAUUCAGGACUUGGAGAUAGUCAAUCACAAGUUGAAUAUCGAUUAUGCCAAUGAGAAGAAGAGGACGAAAAACCUCGGCGCCAUGUUGGAAAACAUGGAGUCGAAGAACAACGAGCUGCUCAGCCAGAUCGACGACCUGACCUUGCAAGUUGACAUGUUGAAGAAGAAGCUGGGAAGACAGACCGAAGUCCAAUCGACACCCCUCACGUCUCCGAUGUACAGCAAGUCCUUCGGGAAUGGUUUCGGUGGUUCGCAACCGUCUAGUCCUGAUAAACCCAAUGCGCAGGACAAGAUCAACGCUUCAACACCCAAAGCAGACAAAAAGACUGACACCAACCAAGAACCCCUGACCUCGGAGACAUUAGAGGACGGGACAGAUGCUCUUGAGGAAGUUUCCAAAUUACUUGCUCAACUGAGGGAUGUGAAGUUGAUGCACGCUAAGGAACAGAGGAAGGUGACAGAGCUGGAAGAACAUCUGGACGCCUUACAGCAGCAGAAUCAGGCGCUGGAGAACCAGGUCAUCAAGUUGCAUCAUAAAGGGGACGAGUUCAAGAGUAUCCAUGAGGAAAUUUCUCUUCUGGAAGAAGUCCGGAAGGGCCAAAUUUGUAGUCGCUGCCUCACAGAUAUGGAGUACGUAGACCAACAAUCCCGACUCGACGAUCCCGAGGAAUUCGAAGAAAACAUCCCUGAAGAUGACGAUUCCAGUAUCCUUCACGAAAUUAUGAACGCAACUCCGCCGUUCAUAUCCAAAUUCGAUCUGAACGUCGACGACUAUAAACAAACGCCAAAUUCAAAGCCUCCAUCAACAUCCAAAAGCAGCAAAAACUUCUACAGAGAGUUCGUCGAGAAGUAUGAGCCUCUUUUCAUUGACCACGCCAAAAAGAUGCCGGUCAAGAAACUGUUCGCAUCGCUUGAGGAAGAGCUGAAGAACUCCGGAGAAUUUUCCAGCUUCGGUCACAAGGAUCAGGACUACGAGAGUGGUCAGGAUGAUUGCUCAUCAGAUAAGCAGAACGGCAGCAAAAAAUCUAGGAAGAUGGCGUCACGGACACCUACUGACUUUUCAGAAGCGGAGACUAGCUCAUCAGGUUUCGCAGAUGAAAUGUCAAACAGCUCCAAAUCGACGCAGACUGACUGUAUAUUGGGAUCCUUGCUAUGUUCCAUCUCGGCUGGAGAAGAUUGCAGUCUUGGAGUGUACAAUAUAGCAGACAAUCAGAUGCAACAAAAAUCCCAGUAUUUGGAACUUUUCAAGGAAAUCUUUACGGUUUUAAAGAAGGCUGCCGAGAACAAAGAUGAAGUUCUUGAAUCCUCACGUCAGCCAGAUUUCAACGAACCUUCGAUGAGCACUACCGCUUCCGAUACACAGUUGAGUACUGGUGUGCCAGAAGUCCACAGUGACGACACUGCCAGCGUUCAAUCUUCGACCAUCUCCUUGACAGUACCCCUGCCACAGGAGAAGGUCGAAGAUAACACGGAAAAGAAGCAAGAGUCUGAGGAAAAGAAGGAACACCCGAAGAAAACGAAGCAAGAGAAGAAGAAAAUCCAGGACAAGAAGGAGAAACCAGAGAAAGAAGAAGCUAAGGAGACCAAGGUCGAAGUGCCAUCAUCAUCAACUUCGCCGGUGGCCAGCGAAGUCCCCGUUGAAGAAUCCAAACCACAGGAACCCGUUCUCAGACCUCUGAUCCGACAGCCCUUCGAGUACAUCCGAGUUGAGCACCGUAAAAGAAGUUCCUCAAGGCGCAAGAACAGAAACGUAGAACGUUCUGAUUCGCCCAUGACUCACAUAAUCGGUAGCCAACCAAUUAACUACACAAGUCGUCCGAACUCUGGUCGUCGCCGCAGGGAACUGAAGAAUGCCCAGAGGAACUCGACGCCAGAGCCUUCUAGUGAGAUGGCAUGGAAUGGCAACACGCUUCAAUUCUGGUCGUCCAACAGGGCGAGCAUUCCUUCGCCCACUCCAAGUCAGAGCAGCGAGAGAGGAGUGUACGAGUUCAAGCCGAGCUUGGCCUCUCAGGAGAUCAGGAAACUGAAGAACCUAGAUAAGAGUUACGCCGAAGUGUUGAAGUUGGGGGAAAGUAGGAAAAGGGACCAUCACCAGAGGCAUAGAGCGAACAAGGGUACCACUCAACACCGUUAACUCGAAGCUCAAGAAUCAUAGUAAAACGUUUUGGCAAACUAUAAUGCAUCAUUCUGUGACUCUAAUUUCAUUUCACCAACCCCAAAUUUGCAUCGUCUCAAUUAUUAACGGUUGCAAUAAGCCCACUAUACUUGAUGCUGGUUGUUAGAAAGUUCUCGAUGUUUCCAAAAGCUAUUUUUUUGUUGAUGAAAUACUCUUUCAUGUUAUCGUCUCAUUUGUAAUUAUUUCCAUUGUGUCAUCGUAUAUUAAGAUUUAGUGAAUAUACUCUAUUUUAAAUUUCA